AUGCGUUCGACUCAAAAAGCCGCCACAGCGUAUUCCGAUGCAUUCCAGUGUACGAAUAUACAGUCACAAGAUCCAACAAAGCUUGCACAAUUUUGCGUAGAUCAUUUCAGUGCACGAGAAGCGUCAAUUCUAAAGCUCACCAAGACGCAGCCCAUGGUGCGUGCGUCUGUCAACUUGAGGUCCUUCAAUACCCGGCAGAUCGGUGAGCGCUGUUUAUCUACACACCGUUUGCUGUUCGGUCGUCCGCUGUGGGCCGGCGCAUCGCCCAGACCGAGAAAGAGGAAGCACACGGUAGACAGCACUGUUGAUUUCUCAAAUACUGAGCCGCUACCAACGGUCGACGAGCUCCUUGAGCUUCAAUUGAGUGGAAUGUUCAAUGUAACAAGCAGGACGAACAGAACGUCAGAGUACGAUAACUCGCUAAUGGAUGUUGCCAUGGACUUCGAGACUGAGGUACAAUCUACAGCGACCGAAGAGUCUUUCGAGUUAUUAUGGGAGCUUGAUGCCUGUGAAGACAGCGGAGAUGUCACUUGUAGAGGCAGAAAUAAAGAGAUGCAUUUAUUGAAUGCAGACACGAAGACUAGCGAGUUGUCUUCCACUAUGUAG